AUGCCCGCCAUGCUCGCCAUCGUCAAAUCCGUCGCUGCGGCCAUGCCCGGCUUCGUCGCCGGCGCCGUUCCCGUCCUUAAGAACGUCCUGGAGUUCUUGACUCUCGUCAAGGACAUUCUCGACGUCGUCAAAGACAUCAUCGGCAUCAUCAAGACCAUCAGGGGCCAACAACCCCAAUGGGGCUAUCAAAUUUCUCAAAGCUCCAGUCUCUACCGAGAGCUCUUUUGUCUCAGUGGUCCUUUCUGCUCGUUUCAAGUUCAGUUUCUGGUUCAUUUUGGGGGAGAUGCGGGACGAGAGGGAGGAUUGAAGGGUCUUGCUUUGGGGGUUUUAGAAUCAUGGUCGUUCCUUUUUCUUAUAAAGAAUCAUAUCUCUGUUCUUUUCUUUCCGCUCCAUGAUUUCCUGCUUUCUGGGGUCAAGUAG